CUCGGCCAUAUGUAUUUCCAGGAUGGUGGUGCUACACCGUUCUCCUCCUCCCUUCGGCGGCUCCACCAUGUCUUUACUUGCUCUGAGCGGCAUCGAAAAUCUGGGAGGAUUGAAGGAGCCUUACGACAAUAGGGAUAUAAUAGGAAUUUCAUUUAUAUUUAAUUUAAUUACUUAAUUAUAAUUAGGGGCUGUGUUUAGUAAAAUCUGGAAUUAGCCUAUUUUAAUUGAGUUAGGCCGCACGUGGGUCCGUGCUAAUUUGCCCGGGAGACGGGGAGAGUGUUCUAGAGUUUCGGCGGCCGUCCUCCUGACGGUUCGAGAAGAGAGAGUUUUCAUCCCAGCUGAGCGGAGAGAGAUCGGUGGCCAUCAACCUGAUCGUUCCAGCAGACAAGCGGUUCGUCUCUGUCAGCCAGUAUCUCGGAAGUAGUAAGUGCCGCGCGGAUCUUUGAGAUAUAUAGAUGCUGGUAAGAUAGACAAUCGGAAUUAAAAAUGACGAUGCUUUGCUUCGUCUUGGAUCUCCGGUGCAUAUCGACUUCGCUACUUCACGAUCUGAAACAGUUACUGUUGCAGUUAGCGAAUUUGCACGCAAUAUCUUCUUCAGCUAGUAAUGGUAGUCCAUCAAAACCCAAACCACUGCCCGAUCAGAUCGGGCUAUGCUACAUUUUCAAAAAUCGCAUAUCAUGCGCCCAUGAGCUGAAGGUGGCUUAUAGUCCGAGAGGCCACUUCAAUCUCCGUGAUUUCCACCAUGCGGUUAACAGUCUUCCUGUUGAUGCUUUUGGUCCAGAUUUCAACAAUUCAUCGUCUUUUUGUGGUGUCGAUAUGAAACUUUCAGAUGUUCUAAGUGAUGAAGUUCUGUAUUCAUGGGGAAGUCAGCAAAAAGAUAUCACAAAAAAAGUUGUGCUGAUAAGCUCUUGUGUACUUGAAAGUCUAGACUCAACAACUAGAAUGGCACUGACGGGUGCAGCAGAAAAGUGUGUUUCUGUAGAGUUUGUGUUCUUGGAGCAAACCUCAAGUCACCUUGCUGAUAUUCCCGAAAAUAUUAACAACUUCCUGAAGGAAAUUGGUGAUCUUGAGAAUUGUAUAUUUGAACACCGAAUUCAAGAUGCACGUGUGUUUUUUGGUUUAGUGAUGAAGUGGUCCCAGGAGUUGAAGGAUGACAUGGAAGAGCCAUUACAGGCUCAUUUUAUCUUCAAGAACAAUCUUGUAGGCUCUUCCAACAAGAUAUUGUGCAAUGUGUCUACACCUGUCAAUCAAAUAAUAGACGAAUUUUCUUCGUGUGAGACUUGCAGGUGUCAUGGCAUGCCCUUAGAUGACUCAAAGAGGAAAGAGUCAAAUGUGAAAUAUUAUUGUCCAGUCACUGGGGAUGAACUUGUAAUCCUAAACAUCAUUGAAAACUCCGUAAAGAUUGGAGAGAAUAUAACCCUGUACUUGCCUUCUUUUCAUCCCUGUCAGGACACUCCACGAGUUUCUUCACCUGUUGAAUUCAAUGUCAUUAAAAGAACUGGAUUGCAUUCACUUAAUGAAGGAAUCAUUUUUGGUUCUUCAUUUAUUAUCACUCCAGCUUUCCUUGAGUCAGAUGAGACUGAGAAUUCAGAUCUAUACUGUAAAGUUUUUCAAGUGAUGAGUAGCUUAUUGAACUCCCUUGACCAGGGUAUAGUUUGCUCUUCAAAUUACAACAUCGAUACUGCAAGACAGUCUUCCUUUCUGUGCUAUUAUUUACUUUUACCUUCAGAAAAAGGAACUAUGCUUCUUAGGCGGCUUGCUGGAUCAGAGGAAAUCUUGCCUGUUCCUGAAGUUAUGCCCUUUAAACACAUGAAGGUAGCAAAUGAUAUUGAAAAUUCUGUUCAAGCGUCUUUGUUUAAGAUGGAAGUAAGUGACUACGAUCCAUUUCAUCACGAAAGAGGCUUUCAUAAAAAACUGAACACUCUGGUGAAAGAAAGCCUACAAUUUGGGGCAAUGCCUCCAAGAGAUAAAGAUGUAGCAACCGUGUUAAACUCCCAGCAGCAAGAUACUCCAGCAGAGGCUUCACAAUCAACAAAGGCAACCAAGGGGAAAAUGAUAGAAGAAAAUAUAUCAGUUUUCGAUAUAGGUGUUGGAGAUAUAACCAGUGAGCUAAUUGCCGAGGAAUGGGAAAAACUGAUCGUGACUAGGGAACCCAAAAUUUGUUCGCCAUCAUGUAACCCAAACCCAAAGUUUGAGACAUUGAUUCUGUCUACACCACAAGAUUCUAGACAACUAGACGAGAAAACAUCAAGAAUCCUUGAGAGACUGGAGAUCCCGAAACAAUUAAAAAGAAAAACAGCUUCUCCAGUGACAUCAUCCAGUGUUCCCAUGAUUAUGGAUUCAUGUGGGUUCAUUAAGAAGCCACUUGUUCCAUAUGGAUCGUCGGUGGGUCAGAGCAUAACCUCAAGCCAGCCGAUCAAACCCAACUUCCAGAAACACAGGAAGAAGAAAUAACUCAGGGUCUCUACUAUAUCUCAUGCAUGUCACUACGGUAGUUUUGCUAUCGUACAAAGAAUGACUUGUGUGUUUUAUUUUAGUUAAUUAAGGCAUGUUUGUUAUGUGCAAAUACAUUAAACAUCUACUUUAUAUUUAUGUCUAUAUAUAAACUUACACCAGGAAUGCAUGUCCUAUAUGUAUGUUAGCAUGCAUGCAUGUACACCUCGCUUUUAUUAUGUAUACUUAGCAACAUACGUGUACUAAUAAGUAUGUGCAUGCAUGUAAAAACUUUCAUAUGUGUAUUUAUACAUAUAAAAGUAGAUACAUUUAAUACUAGUGCAUGUUCUUAGGAGCUUGGUGUAUAAACAUGUAAUCCUUUAACCCUAAAUAUAUAGCGAGAUUAAAUUUAAAGGAUUGCUUAUUUUAAUAUAUAAUAUCUGAAAUUAU